AUGCUGCUGCAAAGAGAAGGCGAGUUAAAUGAUAUAGCCGGUGUACGUAUGAAUAAGAAUUUUAACUCUUUAGUUGUUGAAAGGGGAGGGUAUGAAAAUCUUCUAUUUGGAGAGAAAGAUUGUCGGAAUUUUAUUGACAAGGCAAGAGAGCUUUGGCUUGGCAAAGGAGGUGCUCGAGCCCUUUGCGAUUAUUUCAGUAGAAUGCAAAAGCAAAAUAAUGGUUUCUACUAUGUGAUGGACAUGGAUGAUGAUUGUAGGUUACGAAAUGUGUUUUGGGCUAAUGCACGAAGUAGGGAAGCAUAUGAAUUCUUUAGGGAUGUCAUUACGUUUGACACGACGUACUUGACCAAUAGAUAUGACAUGCCAUUUGCUCCGUUCGUAGGUGUGAAUCAUCAUGGUUGCAUGAACAAUAAAGCUCCAAGUGGAAUUAUAACAGAUCAGGAUAGAGCCAUGAAGAAUGCAACUGAAAUAGUUUUUCCGGAUACAACUCGACAUAGAUAUUGUUUGUGGCAUAUCAUGAGAAAACUACCAGGAAAGUUUGGAGCACAUGCUCAAUACCAUGGCAUUAAGAGUGCUCUAAAUACAUGUGCGUAUGAUUCUCAAACAUGUGAAGAAUUCGAGGAAAAUUGGAAAUUUCUACUUGAGACAUAUCAACUUGAAGAUAAUGCAUGGCUGCGUGGGUUAUAUAGUGAGCGGACUUUUUGGGUGUCGGCAUAUUUGAAAGAUACAUUUUGGGCGGGAAUGAGUACUACACAGCGAAGUGAAAGUAUGAAUUCAUUUUUUGAUAGUUAUGUGCACUCAAAGACCAUACUAAAGGAAUUUGUUGAUCAAUUUGAUAAUGGUUUGAGGAGAAAGGUUGAGAAAGAGACAAGUUUUGAUUUCAAUUCUUUUCAUCGUAUGAUUCCAUGUUCAACACCCUAUCCUUUAGAAGAGACGUUUCUAGAUGUGUACACCAAUGCAAAAUUCAAAGAAGUUCAGGAGGAGUUUGGAAAAGUUUUGUCUUGUAAUAACUCUUAUCUUCGAAGUUAA